AUGGGCAGGAGAGAGCGCCCAGCACCCCCUGGGUUAAGUUUGGUAACACUGGCACUCAGCCUCCUGGUUCCUGCUUCCAGUAUGGAGAUCACGGUGCCUACAGUUGUCUAUGCUCUAAAUGGAACCGACAUACGACUACCCUGCAACUUCAACUCUUGUUAUAAGAUGGAUACUAAACAGUUUUCUAUGAACUGGACAUACCGGGGCUGUGACAAUUGUACGGAGGAAACGUUCAUUCAGUAUGAUAAGAAGAUCAUCAACCAGCGUCUUGAGCGGUUUCAGAACCGAAUGGAAUUUACAGGAAACCCCAGCAAAAAUGACUUAACUGUGACAAUUCAUAAUGUUCAAUUGCAAGAUGAAGGGGAAUAUCUUUGUUAUGUGCUGAAUCCCCCAGACCGACACAAAGGCACUGGAAAGAUUCGUCUAGAAGUCCUUACAGAAGUUCCUCCAGAAAGAGAUUCAACGGUUGCGGUUUUGGUUGGAGCUUCAGUUGGAGGUUUCUUAGCUCUUGUCAUUUUAUUCCUGGUCAUCCUAAAAUGUGUUAGAAAAAAGAAAAUGCAAAAUCUUAACUCAGACGACCAAAAAACAGAGGAAGAAGUGAAGACUGAUGGGGAGGGAAACCCCGAAGGCGAACUGAAAGUAUGUGAACAAUGA